CGCGCAUUUUACGAUCCCCAAUUCCACCUGCCUCCACCACCUAUAAAUUCCGGCUUCUUGUUCGCGCAUACACCCUCUCCCCCCGCCCGUCUCACCGCCAUGUCCAAAUUCACCCCCCAGUCCUCCGAUGCAACCUCCAUCGCGACCAUCCGCACGCUCGCGGCCGACGUCGUCGGCAAGGCCAACUCUGGCCACCCAGGUGCGCCUAUGGGCAUGGCGCCCGUGACCCACGUCCUCUUCACUCGCUUCUUCAACGCUAACCCAAAGAGCUCGAAAUGGUUUAACCGUGACCGAUUUGUGCUCUCGAACGGCCAUGCCUGCGCGCUCCAAUAUAUCACCCUCCACCUCUUGGGCUACAAGCUCUCCAUGGAUGAUCUCAAGGCCUUCCGCCAGAUCGAUUCAUUGACCCCCGGUCACCCCGAAGCCAACCACACCGAUGGUAUCGAAGUCACCACUGGCCCCCUUGGGCAGGGUAUCGCCAAUGCCGUCGGUCUCGCGAUGGCGCAGGCCCAUCUCGGGGCGGUGUACAACCGUGAUGGUUUCGACUUGGUUGACAACUACACUUACGCAUUCCUCGGUGAUGGCUGUCUCAUGGAGGGUGUCGCCAGCGAGGCGUGCAGUCUCGCGGGGCACCUGCAGCUCGGCAACCUGAUCGCCAUCUACGACGACAACCAUAUCUCCAUCGACGGUGACACCGCUGUCGCAUUCACCGAGAACGUCGAGCAGCGGUAUCUCGCGUACGGCUGGCAAGUUCUUCACGUCGAUGAUGGCGACAAUGACUUGGAAGCCAUCUACAACGCGAUCGCCGAGGCUCGCAAGGAGAAGACCAAGCCCACUCUCAUCCGCUUGCGGACGACCAUCGGCUACGGCUCCAAGCAGCAGGGCACCCACGGUGUCCAUGGCGCCCCUCUCAAGGCAGACGAUAUCGCCGCUCUCAAGACGAAGGUCAACUUCGAUCCCAACACCUCCUUCUACGUCCCUCAGGAGGUCUACUCCGCCUACGCCGAAGUCGGCAAGCGCGGCGCCAUCCUCGAGCAAAAGUGGACUUCCGCGCUCGCGACAUACGCCCAGAAGUACCCCGCCGAACACGCUGAGCUCGUGCGCCGCAUCUCCGGCGAGCUCCCCAACGGCUGGGAGAAGGCUCUUCCCAUCUACAAGGCGACCGACGCUGCGCAGGCUUCGCGCAAGCUCUCUGAGAUCGUCUUGACCGCCGUCACUCCCGCUCUCCCCGAGCUCCUCGGCGGGUCCGCCGAUCUAACAGGCAGCAACUUGACGAAAGUCAAGGGCACGGAGGACUUCCAGCCCCCGAGCACUGGCCUUGGCAGCUACAAGGGCACGUACAUCCGGUAUGGUGUCCGCGAGCACGGCAUGGGCGCCAUCGCCAACGGUCUUCACGCGUAUGGUGGUAUCAUCCCCUUCGUCGCCACGUUCAUGAACUUCGUCUCGUACGCGGCCGGUGCCGUCCGCCUGUCCGCCCUGAGCAAGCACCAAGUCAUCUGGGUCGCCACCCACGACUCGAUCGGUCUCGGUGAGGACGGCCCCACACAUCAGCCCGUCGAGACCGCCAUCCACUUCCGCGCGACGCCCAACAUCGCUUUCUGGCGCCCGGCCGACGGCAACGAGACCUCCGCGGCGUACCUCGUCGCCCUCAAGUCGAAGCAGACACCCUCGAUCCUCUCGCUCUCGCGGCAGAACCUGCCGAACCUCGAGGCGUCGACGAUCGAGAAGGCCGCGCGCGGCGGGUACGUCGUGCACGAGGAGGACAAGGAGGACUUGACGAUCGUGUCGACGGGCUCCGAGGUCAGCAUCGCGCUCGAGGCUGCUGGGAAGCUCAAGGCGCAGGGUAUCAAGACCCGUGUCGUGUCGCUCCCGUGCUGGCUCGUGUUCGACCAGCAGCCGGAGGAGUACAGGCUGAGCGUGCUCCGGAGCGGCGCCCCCAUCUUGUCGCUCGAGGCGCUUUCGACCGCUGGCUGGGCCAAGUACAGCCACGAGCAGUGGGGUCUUCCUGCCUGGGGCGCUUCCGGCCCCUAUAAGCAGGUCUACGAGAAGUUCGGGAUCACUGGCAGCAACAUCGCGGUCGUGGGCAAGAAGGUCGUCGACUUUUACAAGGCCAAGGGCGGCGAGGUCGUCUCUCCUUUGGUCAAGGCCAUUCACUUGUAGAGAGGGAGAGAGAGAACAAAAAGAUAGACGCGAGAAGUGGGACGAUUGUGCUUGUCAUAGAAUGUACCGCUAGAGAUGUGUAAUGCAUUGUUGAGAAGAUUUCGUUCGGUGUGCACUC